AUAUUUCAAAAUAUAUUGCAUUGUAAUUGUAAAACUGUAAUUGUAAAUACAAAAUUUUGUUAUAAAAUUCUAUUGAUCAGUUGAUAGUGAAUAGAGUAAUGCUGAAUUGUUUACUGCUUACUUCAUGUACAUUUUGUGAUACAUUCUGUUUUUAUUAAUUGUGUUAUUGAUAUACUUCAAAAUAUAUUGCAUUGUAAUUGUAAAACUAAAAUUGUAAAUACAAAAUUUUGUUAUAAAAUUCUAUUGAUCAGUUGAUAGUGAAUAGAGUACAUUCUGUUUUUAUUAAUCUGCCAUUGUACACGAACGAAAGGAAAAUCCUUAAAAUGGUUAUUCUACACGAUGAAGAAUAUUAUCGAAGUAGAAUGCCCGAGCCCGACUUGGGGGCACUUCGAAAUUUUUUGCGAUUGGUUUGGAAUCCAGAUAGAAAACAGUUGCUUGGCAGAACUGGAAAAGAAUGGGGCUUGUUGGGUCUCUUCUAUUUGUGUUUCUUCUUCGUAUUGGGUUCCUUGUUCGCGUUGCAAAUGUGGAUCAGUAUUGACUACGCCUCGAAAUUAGAAAAACCGUUUUUCCUUUAUAGCGGCUUGAUGCCUAGAUCUUACUUUGCCGACAACUUCCCUCUUUUUCGUCAACUAGAUUUUGGUAGUCCAGGAAUUGCCUUCAAACCGAAUAUUUUGCUACCCACGAAAUCUCCUAUUAUUUGGGUAGAUAAUUCUAGUGCGAACGCUCGUCCGAAAAGAUAUGUGCAAGCCUUGAACGACUUUUUGCAAGAAUACAAUAGAAGUAAAGAGGAUUAUAAAACAGAUGCGGAAUGUAGUAAUGGGGGGUCAACUAGAUCCAAUAAAAAAUCUUGUUUUUUCGAUAUUGAAAGCCUUGGUAUUUGUGGACAGCCUCCGUAUGGAUAUACGAAUCCAUUGCAACCAUGUGUUCUCAUUAAGUUUAAUAAGAGAUUUAAUUGGAUACCAAUUCCUUACAAUAAAUCAUCGCUAUUACCAGAGAAUAUGCCACAUGUUCUACAAAAAGCUGUACAAUUUUCGAACAAGGUUUGAUUCAAAUUUACUGUAUAAUUUAUAAUUACGGUAUUAAAAAUUAAUUUUUACUUAUUGAUUGUGAAAAUUUACAUAAACGAAUGUGUACAAAUGUC